AUGGAACCAAGAUCCCAAAAUCUAGCCAUCAUUUAUAGGGUUUCAUAUAAGGUUAUGAACAUUGUUUGUCCCAAAGCUAAAGCAUUAGACAGUAAAUGUGAAACUACCUUAUUCCAAACCAAUCUUGAAAAGUCAAAUGUGGCCGUCCCAAAAAUGAUAAAGUGGAGUGAUAUAACUCUGCCAGAAAAAUGGAUCUUGGAUGAAGUAGCUCCAAAAAGGCCCCUUGAAAAUCAGGAGCCUACAUGGAUCUUGCAAUUUGCUGAUGGAGAGGUAGAAAUACAAUUUUCUAGUGCUAGAAGAACUAGGAUUGAUUUGGCACCCUUUAGAUCUAACAUAGAACCACACAGAUCGAGCACCUCCUCUGAUAGAGCUUAUGACCUAGAACUUGAAAGAAUGGUUCUAGCAGGACUUAGGAGAACUCAAGAACAAAUACAGAGGCCAGCCUAUAGGUUCGAACAAACCAUUCCAGACUUAGGUUUCAGAAGAAAUCCUCAUCAACCUGAACCAACAUUUUCAGAUGUAGAAUUUGAAAUAAAUAUGAUAAAAUCUUUUGAAAUAGAACACGAAAAGAUUAAAAGAGAUUAUUUGAGUAUUGAAAAUGUUGAUAAAAGAAUUUGGUUUGAAACAACUUUUAGGAAAGAUAGGCAAGACCAUCUCUGGAAAGCCCACACCGCUUUCAUAAAAUAA